AUGUCGGAAGUGGUUAGAAUUGCAGGACAGGUAAAAAUUUUCAGCAUCGAGAAUGAGAAACCUAGGCGUCAGGAGGCAGGCAGACAACGGGCGUCCUGCGACAGAUUCGAAAAACCCACCAGUGUCGCACCCAUGAAAUUCACCAAUCCAACAGGUGCAAAGGUGUCUUCGAAAAACGCGCCGACCAACUACAGGCCCACAGAAUGUGUCCUCACCAAGGGAAAUUGCUAUGGCAUCAGGAUUCGGAUGCCUGAGCAUGCCAAAUGCAUCCAACUCCAACCAAUCGUCGUCUCGACACGACCGAACGGUCCUCAAGAAGUGCGUUCACCCCAGCUCUAUCGAGUUACUCCAACGAGUAGGACCACGCCACCGCCGCCUGCCACCUGGGGCGACAGUAGAUACGGCAACUUCAUCGACCCUGAAAGAGAUAUCACAGUGGAGGUGGUGGAUGACUGCGGUCAGACGAAAGUGGAGAGCGGAUGGAACAUUCCAAAUGACAAAUUUAGUGUGUAA